GAAGACCUCAUGCUGCUGUGAAAAACCACCAUGCCAAGGCAAUACACCAGGAAGACAACCUGGGGUAAAACACCCCUUGAGGAGAUGGAGAGUGCAGCCGCUGAGGUCAAGGAAGGAAAGAAGUCUCUAAGAGCAGCUGCAAGGGAUAGAAAUAUUGAUAAGUCAAGCCUCCUAAGAUUUAUUAAGAAAAAAGAGAAAGGGGAAGUAAAAUCAGUAGCCUGGGGUGCAGUAGCUGAGGCAAAGAGAAUAUUCACAGAUGAGAUGGAGGAGGAGCUUGCCAAACACUUGAAACAACUCGCUGAACAGUUCCAUGGCCUUCCUCCAAUUAAGUGCCGUCAACUGGCAUUUGAAUACGCAGAGAAAAAUUAUAUACCUGUCCCUGCCAAUUGGACAAAGACACAAUGUGCAGGUGAAGAUUGGUUUGGCAGCUUCCUAGCACGCCGCCAUCUCUCUGUCCGAACUCCAGAGGCAACAUCCCUGGGAAGGGCUACAGCCUUCAAUAAAACUACAGUCGGGGAGUUCUUUGACAAUCUGGCUGUGUGUGCAGUGAAUGCUACUGGGAAUGCCAUACCUCCCAUGUUUAUCUUCCCCAGAGUUAAGUUUAAGGACUGCUUCAUUAUAGGAGCACCCCCAGGAGCCAAAGGUACCUCCACCAGAACGGGAUGGAUGAAUGAAGACACCUGGGCUGAGUUCCUUGAACACCUGAUACAGCACACUAACUGCAACCCUGACCAUCCCAUGCUGCUAAUCCUGGAUAAUCUUAAGGCUCACAUCUCACUCAAGGCAGUAGAAAUGGCCAAGAGCAACGGUAUUGUUCUGCUCACCCUCCCACUCCACACGUCCCAUCGCAUGCAGCCUCUCGAUGUGACCGUGUAUGGCCCAUUCAAGAUCCAAUACAGCCGAGCUCUUGAUGGGUGGAUGAGAUCAAACCCUGGUAAAACAGUCUCGAUUUACCAGAUUGCAGGACUUGUGAAUGAGGCCUUCAUGUCAGCAGUGACACCACCCAACAUCAUUUCUGGAUUUAGGUCCACUGGGAUUUUCCCAUAUAACCGAGAAAUUUUCCCUGAUGAAGCGUUUGCACCAUCUAUGGUGUCAGACCGGCCAAACCCUGAGCUGCACCCUGCCACUGCAGAUGAUCCACCCCCUGCAGAUGAUUUGGAUGGUCCACCCCCUGCAGAUGAUCCCCCUUCAGAUGAACCACCCGCUGCAUAUAAUUCACUUGCGGAUGCUAAUCCUUCCACUGCGCAUGGUUCACAUGGAUGUGCCUCGCCAGCUGACUAAGAUGUGCAAUGUGUUCCCAGC